AUGUCAGCAGGCAACCAAACAGCGGUAGUGGAGUUCAUUCUAGAGGACUUCUCAGAAGACCCACAUCUCCGACUCUUGCUCUCGGUCCUUUUCUUCUUCCUCUACCUGACAGCUCUUGUAGGAAACAGCCUCAUCGUCACACUCAUCACUCUGAGCCCAGGUCUGCACACCCCAAUGUACUUCUUCCUUGUCAACCUGGCCAUUUUGGACAUCGUCUGCACAACCACUGCUCUCCCCAAGCUUUUGGAGAGAUUGGUAUCCCGGGUAGACACAAUCUCCUAUCAGGGCUGCCUGACCCAAGUUUUCUUACUGAUCUGGUCUCUUGGUGCGGAGCUGUUGUUGCUCACAGCCAUGGCAUUUGACCGCUAUGUGGCCAUCUGCCAGCCACUGCGGUAUAGCACCAUCAUGAGUUGGCCACUGUGUGCACUGUUAGAUGUAGCUGUGUGGACAUUCAGUGCCAUCAACUCAUCAGUGCACACAGGCCUCAUUACAAAGCUGACCUUCUGUGGCCCCAACCACAUUCCCCACUUCAUGUGUGAAGCCCCCUCACUGCUGCUGCUGUCUUGUAGCUCCACAAAACUAAACAAUGUCAUGAUUAUCAUUGCUGAUGUCUGCUUCGGUGUGGUCAACUUCUUUCUCACACUGGGCUCCUACGGUUACAUCGUGGCCAGCAUCUUCCGCAUCCGCUCAGCUUCCGGCAAGGGCCGAGCCUUCUCUACCUGCUCAUCCCACCUCCUGGUGGUCACCUUGUACUACUCCACUGUCAUCUACACAUACUUCCUUCCUGGCUCUGGUGCCUCCAUGGAGAAUGGCAAGGUGGUGACUUUGUUGUACACAGCGGUCAGCCCUGCUCUGAACCCGCUCAUCUACACGUUGAGGAAUAAGGAUGUGAAAGCUGCCCUCCAGAAACUGGCCCCUGCCUCCUCGUGA